AAAAACGAUGUUAUUGUGAUCAGGCAGAGACACGGUCACUCCGCCCGUGCAGACGUGCGCAGGAGACCCCGCAGCCGCGUUUGAAGGACCUCUUCUCAUGUUCCGCCAUUAGGAGUGAGCCGGUGGUGGGUGAACGUCAAGAUGCAGAUUUUCGUGAAAACCCUCACGGGGAAAACGAUAACCCUCGAGGUUGAACCUUCAGAUACGAUUGAAAAUGUGAAGGCUAAAAUCCAGGACAAAGAGGGAAUCCCUCCCGACCAGCAGAGGCUGAUAUUUGCUGGAAAGCAGCUGGAGGAUGGACGCACGCUGUCAGACUACAACAUCCAGAAGGAGUCCACGCUGCAUUUGGUGCUGAGGCUGCGCGGUGGUGCAAAGAAGAGGAAGAAGAAGUCCUACACCACCCCCAAGAAGAACAAGCACAAGAGGAAGAAGGUCAAACUGGCUGUGCUCAAAUACUAUAAGGUGGAUGAAAACGGAAAAAUCCAUCGGCUGAGGCGUGAGUGUCCGGCUGACGAGUGCGGCGCCGGCGUCUUCAUGGCGAGUCACUUCGAUCGCCAUUACUGCGGCAAGUGCUGCCUGACUUACUGCUUCAACAAACCCGAGGACAAGUAAAUGAUAAAGAUGAAUGCUUGACACCA